ACGAGAAUGGGGAAAUUAAGAAGUCGCAUCUAUCACAGCUUUACAUCGAUUGAUAUUUUCACACAAAAGUUUACACUAAGUUUCAAAGGACAGAAAGCCUAUGCCACCAUAUUUGGAACUAUUUUAUCGAUCAUAAUCUUUGGUAUCUGAGGGUUUUAUGGAUUCAGAUUAGUUACCUCUAUGCUUAAUAGGACGAUGCUCCAGACCAAUAUUAAUAAGAUCAGGACUGAUUUUGGCAAAAAUCCUAUAAACACAACUCUCAAUGAAGCAGGUCUCUAUCUCGCCUUUUCUUGGGUGGGAAAAGCAGGAGAUCAAGAUGUAGAUUUAUUAGAAGAAAGACUAGCGUCUGCUUUUGUUCAUGUCGCUGAGACUGUGCCUCAAGGAGAAGAUUAUAUUGAGAAUCCAAUAUUUUCCUUUGAAAUAGAAAAAUGUAAUCAAACAAGCAUGCCUCUAGAUCCCAAUGAUCCAAGUUUUGCAGGAAGGCAUGGACAUACUCUCUAUUGAUUCAAGAGAAAUGACUUAAUGAGAGUCAUACAAAGAGAAAUCUCUAAAGGAAGAAAUCUUCGUUUUAUGCUAUAUUUUCAACCCUGACCUAACGGGGUAUGAGAAGAUUCAGGAAAAAGCAGUAUUGAAUAUUAUAACUUUAUUUAUCUGACUGUUAUCAGCAAGUAUUAUGACGACUCAGAUCCAUUAAGUCCAAUAAAGACUUACAUUCAUGAUCAGAUUUCGGUACCUUCCUCUAAAGGAAGCAUCAAAUUAGUUGAUUGAAAAUUAAGCCGAAACAGAUAUGUUGUUAAUGAUUGGCACUCAAUUAUUACCCGAAGUAGGAAAGGAGAAUUCUUUGAUAUCGAUGGCUGUACUUACCAGGAACUAAAGAGAGGUGAUGGCUCAACGUUUGUAAUCUUAUCAUUUAAUGUAAAUGACUUUAUUCAAACUUAUGAGACAACAGUAAUCAGUUUUCUAGAAGUUCUUGGUCAAAUAGGAGGUCUUUUUGAAAUCUUAUAUUUAUCCAGUUCAUUUCUCGUCAAAAUAGUUGCUAUAUAUUUAUAUCGCAGAGAUAUUGACAAGGUUGAGAAUAAAGUGAAGAAUCACAAAGAAUGGUUUACAUUUCCUGUGCAAAUCCAAAAUGAUCCUAUAGAAAAAGAAGAGACAACGAGAAGAAGAUUAAAGGGAGAAGGUCUCCGGUAUAUGGGAUUGACUAAAAACAAAGUCAACCCUGAAGAAAACGUGAACACAGCUAAUGAUCGAAGCACAUUGUAUCAAGACAAACAGAGUAAAUUUACUGCUCAAGUAAAAAGGAUCAAAGAAAUUUGACGGAACAGCAGAAUCUUAAAGGAAAUAGAAGAGGAACUUGAUGUUACUAAGAUCUCAAGGUCACUCACGGAGCUUAAGCUCUAUGUGUCCUAUCUGAUGGAUAAAGACAAAAACACUGACUCUAAUAAGGUUGAUAAGCUUUAUGAAAAAUACAAUACAAAAUAAACAAGAGGAAGAAAAGAAAGAAUUUCCUUCAAGCAUAGAACACUCAAAUACAUAUAAUUCUUAUUGUACCAGAGAGCCUUAUAAAAAUUCCAAUGAUGCUGGCUUACCAAUGAUUUCUCUUAAUAAAAUUGCUAACUCAAGACUAAAUUUUAAGUCAAGAGAUCCAAUUCAAGAGAGCUUAGAUGAAGAAGACUCUGUUAUCUAUAAUGAGAAUACUGACCAAAAUAAUCCAGCCAAGAAUCAAGGAAGGAAGAGUUAUUCUUUACUGCAUCAGAAAAACCAGAAGAAUUAGAAAACACUCAUAAUGAGGGGGAGGAUUGUAUGGCAUGCUCCAUCUCGAGAAAAAU